AUGAUGCACUUGAAUAUGUGGAGAGCCUCAUACUCUGCUGGCCAUGUUGUGUGCUCGCCCAGCCCUCACACCGUCCAGGAUGUGGAGGAAAGGGUACAGAGAACGUUUCCCAACCCGAUUGACCGCUGGGCAAUUGGAGAUGCUCAAGCAGCCAUUGAAAAGGGUCGUAAGAAGUCCCCGUUGGUGUUACCAGCAGAAAAAGCACAUCCACUUUUACGGGAUGUGCUUCAAACAAAGAUUGACUAUCAAGUAACAUUGUAUAUAGUUGCAGUUUUAGAAUAUAUAUCUGCAGACAUAUUAAAGCUUGCUGGCAACUAUGUUAAGAACAUUAGACACUUUGAGGUAACGCAACAGGACAUUAGAGUAGCCAUGUGUGCAGACAAGGUGCUGAUGGACAUGUUUCAACAAGAUGAAGAUGGGGAGAUGAGUGCAGUCGUGGAGGAUCCUAACCUAGACACUUCUCUAACUUAUGACGAACUUGUCAAAGAUCUAAUACAAGAGGAGAAAGCUUAUAUUAGAGAACUCAAUAUGAUAAUUAAGGUGUUUUGUGACCAGCUUCAGCAGAUCCCUGUUUUACAAGGGAGUGGCAGUAGAGAGCUGGAAAUUAUCUUCUCAAAUAUCACUGAGAUCUAUGACUUCUCUGUUAACUUACUGGGGUCUUUAGAGGACACCCUAGAGGUCACGGAGGAGAACGAGUCUCCCUUCAUAGGCAGCUGUUUUGAGGAAUUGGCAGAGGGUGCAGAGUUUGAUGUAUACGGAAAAUAUGCCAGCGAUGUGUUAAGGCAAGAGUGUGCUGAUCAACUAAUGGAUGUGGUUAACCAGCCACCUGUUAGCGAUGCACUAACAAGUGCUGGACAGGGCUUCAAGGAAGCUGUCAAGUACUACCUGCCGAAGCUGCUUCUUGUACCUGUUUGUCAUGUCUUCACUUAUUUUAAAUAUAUAGAGAUGUUUCUGAGUAUGACUGAGUCAGAAGAAGCUCGAGAGAGCUUAGAACAAGUCAAAGGUCUCUUAUGGCCUCUCCAAAGUCAGUUAGAACGCACCAUACAGAACUCUCCAUAUGCUCCCUACCUUAAGAGAAAAUUAGGAGAAAUCACUUUACGGCAUGGAAGGCAGAGUAGACAACAAACCUUAUCUAAAAUGAAAGAAUUACAACGAUCAAUAGAUGGCUGGGAAGGAAAAGUCAUCACACAGUGUUGCAACGAGUUUGUUUUAGAAGGUGACCUGCUAAAACUUGGUGCCACUGGGAAGAAGCCGACGGAGCGGCAUGUGUUCCUGUUUGAUGGCCUCAUAGUCCUCUGCAAGAGCAAUAACCGGCGGUCCUCGGUCACAGGACAGGUUGGAGAGUACAGAUUUAAGGAGAAAUUUCUUAUGAGAAUGGUAGAAAUUUUAGACAGAGAAGAUACUGAAGAGAUCAAAUACUCCUUUGAGAUCCGGCCACGUGACCAGCCCAGUGUGGUGCUACUUGCAAAGUCUAUGGAAGAGAAGAACAAUUGGAUGGCUGCCCUUGUUAUGCUCAACACUCGGAGUAUGUUAGAACGAACUCUAGACAGUAUAUUAUUAGAUGAGGAGAAACAGCAUCCCCUCAAGUUGCCUGACCCAAGUGUCUACCAGUUUGCCAUUGAGGACUCCGAGUCAAACAUUAUCAUCGAAGAGAAGGAAAACUCAGGAACUCCUCUUAUAAAGGGAGCAACGCUGCCAAAGCUGGUUGAAAGAUUAACAUACCACAUGUAUGCAGAUCCAAUGUUUGUGAGAACGUUUCUCACUACUUACCGAAGCUUUUGUACUCCAACAGAAUUGCUAGACCUAUUAAUUCAACGCUUUGACAUCCCUGAGCCUGAGCUCCCACCUAUAAGUGAAGAGGAGACACAAGAAGUCAAAAACCAGCAACUUUCCAUACACAGAGAAAUACUUAAACGCUUCAGAAAGGAGUAUUCGCAACCUGUUCAAUUCAGAGUUUUAAAUGUUUUGCGUCAUUGGGUAGAUUAUCACUUUUAUGAUUUCGAACGGGACAAAGCACUUCUAGAAAAACUUACCAGCUUUCUGGAGAAAGUAAAAGGCAAAUCCAUGAGAAAAUGGGUAGAAUCCAUCACAAAGAUCAUUCAAAGAAGGUGCAAUGAAGAGCAGAGAGAAAUUACAUUUAGUUUACAUCGCUCACCCCCGUCUCCCAAGUGGCACAUAAAACUAGAGGACAAAGAUUGGGAUCUUAUACUUCCCAUCAGUUCAGGUGGAACAUCGCCUACGCCUGACCUGGUAAAGCCAUUGCUGAUGCUGCACCCUAUUGAAAUAGCUCGUCAGCUGACAUUGUUAGAGUUUAAACUGUACAGAGCUGUGAAGCCUUCAGAACUGGUAGGGACACCAUGGACCAAAGAAGACAAAGAGAAACGCUCACCAAACUUGCUCAAAAUGAUCCACCAUCACACCAAUGUAACACACUGGUUCAUGCGGUGCAUAGUGGACUGUGACAAUUUUGAGGAGCGUGUGGCUGUGAUGAUGAGGGUAGUGGAGAUCAUGGUUAUGUUUCAUGAUCUCAACAAUUUUAAUGGGGUAUUUGAAGUGUCCAGUGCGUUAGCGUCUGCUGCUGUACACAGGCUAGAGCUUACCAAAACGGAGGUUAAGAAACGUCUUCCACAAGGGCAGGUGAAAGUGUUUGAAGAAGCUUCUGAACUUAGCCAAAACCAUUGUAAAAAAUACCAGGAAAAACUUCGAUCCAUUAAUCCACCAUGUGUCCCAUUUUUUGGAAUGUACCUGACCAACAUCUUGCAUAUUGAAGAAGGCAACCCAGACUUCCUUGUCCGGGCAGCAGAGGGUCUAAUCAAUUUUUCAAAGAGACGAAAAGUUGCAGAAAUCACAGGAGAAAUUCAGCAGUACCAGAACCAACCUUACUGUUUGCUGGAAGAACCACGCAUCAAAGUGAGUGUUCAUUUAUUUUCUCAGCUUUUGUUUUAUGUGAAUUGUUUGAAUGAGAGGAAAGUCAAGUAUGGAACUCUGAAAGGAGACAGUGAUUUCACCUAUGCUCCCACAAGAUGCGAGAAGAAGAAUAAUUUAUUACAGAAGUCCGCAUCUGUCACAUGGUCUCAGGGUGUGGUUUUGUGA